CCUCCAAAUCAUUAGACAGCUUAUCGUGCAAUUACAGUGUGAACUUUGACGUGCCAGGUGUGCGUCACGCGAUUCAAUUUUUAGUAUAAUUGUAAAUUAAAUUAUAAACAUCUAGAAGAAAACAAUUCCUCAUUAAAUUGUCCGACCACCGUUCCUCUUAUUUCGGCGAGAUGACUUAUAUGAAUUCUUGGGAAGAAUUUGAGAAAGGAGCAGAGAGGUUAUACCUUCAAGAUCCAUUAAAGGCUCGAUACUCCAUGAAGUAUUCUCACAAUAAAGGUUACUUGUCUCUCAAGCUUACGGAUGACCGAACGUGUAUACAGUACAAAACAGAGAUAGCUCAAGAUUUAAAAAAGAUGGAGAAAUUUAUAGGUAAUCUGAUGAGACAUAUGGCGUCAAAGGACAAUUGAAACUGGGGUUGUUGUUCUAGGGAUACAUAUAUAUAUAUUUUAUAAAUAAAUCAAAUAAAUCAUUUAUACGUCAGAUUCAGAGCUCAAA